CGUCUCUUGGACGCGGGGUUGCGUGGGUGGUUUCUCGCGUAUCUUACGCGCGACGGAUACCGCGGAUGCGUAGCUUUCCAUCCGUGAGAAUUUCACACGGAUCGCGGUGUACAUGAAAAUUCGGAGCAGCGAUUGAUCGAUUCCAAUGAUCGAAAAAUUGAUAGAAAAAUUAAGUAAAAAACAAAUAAGAUAAAAUGCUCGACGCGUUCGAAUCACUCCUUCCUUCGUUCCUUCUUUUCCAGUUUGUCUCCCUCCUCCAGACCAAACUCCCGCGGGCUUUAAAAGGUGAACUUGAUUAAUGCAACGAUUGAUCCCGCAACUUUAAUGCGGGCGGAUAAAUCAUCGCGUAUAUAUGUAUACAUCUGUCUAUCUACACAUGCUUACGUAUGCGAAAUAAACGCGCGGUUUUACGGAUGAAAAAUGUAAAAAUUUUGGUGUAACGUCAUUUUCACGGUAAAUAUAUCAGAUAAAGGGGUGAAUAUUUUCACUGACGUUGGUGCGGCUAUUGUCUACCCUCGCGUAUGUGCGUAUUAGAACGCACAUUAGUGCGGGCCGUGCAGGAUAUAAAAUUUUAAUUUAUUUCCUUAAUGACAUAGUCAUAAAAAAUAUAUAUAUAUAGAUGUUACGAUGCCUAAUCUACCAGAUCCGAGCUUUCAACCGCUAAUACGUUAUAAUUGUAUAUUUUUCAUGACGAAACUGCAGUGAGAAACGCGAAGUUAAUACCGCAUAUCACGUGUAACAAAAUUAUCGUCUCAUCUACGGAAAAAAAUAUUCAUAAAAUGUACCGACGAUCGUUGAUAACAUCUGUGCAUUAAAUUAGUGUUGGUUCCAAUUAGAGAAAAAAAAAAUUUUCCUUUCGAGUUGUAGAAUUCUUUUGACUAGAAGAUAUCAGUCAUGACGAAGAAAAACAUCCCUUCAUCGAUGAUGUUCAAUGAAUUUACAAAAUAAGAAUGUAAUCUUAUUUUAUCGAAUGAAAAAAAAAAAAAUAAAAUUCUAAUUAGCUCAUCAUCUAAUUAAUCGAUAAUUUGUAGUAGUAACCUGUGGAAUCAAAAAAUGUAAAAUACACAACAUACAUUUAAACGUAUUUUUUAUUUUAUAUUUCCUACGGAAUAAAUGUAUAAAUAUAUAGGAGACACGCAAAUUGACCAGAAUCGUACGUUAUCACAAUUUAAGUAGUAUUUUACGGAUCGUUUGUAUAUGCAUAUUACACGCUUGUAUUAAACGAUCACGAUUAUCGCGUGACAAACACGGUUGAUACUAAAAAAUUAUUGGCGUGUAACUUAUCUAUGUGGUGCGUGGUAACGACUACGAAGUUAACCCCGAGACUGCAGUACCUGCACUACCUAAUAGAGAUGUAAAAAUUAAUUCAUACCGUGUCCACGUACACGACGAGAAAUGCGCGUUCAACCUAAUUUGAUGAAUCAUUGCGAUUGCCGAUCUCGUUUCAAAACCCCUUGGAUAAUCAACUUUUACAAUAAUAUCGUCAUCGACCUACGCUGAACAAAGGUCAAACCUUUAUUAAUCAACGACAAAUGACGUUAACGGUGACCCGUCAAAAUCACCUGUCCUGCACCAUCUCCCUUCCAAAUUCUAUCGUUACGUCGUAUCGUAUUAUUAUGUAAUAAAAUAACGUAACGAACUACGACAUACGUACAUGUACACGUAGAUAUAUUCCUGAUGAAUUUUUUCGGAAACUAAUGGACCAAAUCCUAGUUCACUGCAGAUUCUGCAACGAAAAUAAUUAUAACCGCUUCGACUGUCCAUAUCAUUUAUAUUAUACAUUGAAUCUAUCUCGACCAAUAAUAAAAUUAGAAAAGACAAAAAAAAAGAAAAGAACCAAAUAUUAAACUGCAUAAUAUAACAUCGCAGUUUUCGUAUAACGCUUUAAACAUUAGUAAAUCGACCAUUUUAAAAUUAUACAUAUGAUAUAUUUGUAAAAAAAAAAAAAUUAAAUUAAAUCAAAUUAAUGUAAAUAAUAUCCUAAAAAAAAUUAAACAAAUCUCGACCAAACUAUAUAAAAAUCGAAGGGACCACAAAGAAGAAGAGAAAACUCGUCAAAGACUGAUUUCAUCGACAUCACAAUGAUGGAUUGGGGAAUCAGGAGAUCAAUUAUGUUCCACGUUAGACGUAGGCCGGCCGAUUACGUUCCCAGAAAACGCAAGAAGAAACCAGCGGGUAAAUGGAGCGAUCUGGACCACCGAUACGAAGACGAACGUUUGCCGUUCCUUUUGGAAUUGAAUCCGGAUGGAACGGAAAUAUCGAGUGGAGGUGGUGUGCGCCAUCGUCUUCAGCCGAAUGUAACGGAAGUCGGUUCGGAAAGACCAGUCGGACCUCAGGCUGUUCAAGCACAGACCUUGACCCUUGCUGGACCGACUGUGAUGCCGAGGCAUUGCGUUAUCGCAUUCACGGAAAACAUUGUCACGCUCACACCGUGCUCGAGGGACGCCCACACCUACGUCAAUAACCAGAGGAUAUAUCAAACCACCAUACUACAGAACGGGGCGAUAAUCAAAUUCGGUAGAAUGCACACCUUCAGGUUUAUUGAUCCUGUACCAGAAGAUCGGAUACGGCAAAGACACGACUCCAACAGACAACUGGAUUACUCGUACGACAGACGUUCGCCCGACACGACCAGUCAAGAGGUGAAUUCCGAAAAAUACAGAUCGGGGUCAGGAACCCCGAAUGGCGGUGGUGGGGGUGGGUCUAAUCCACCCAGUCCCACAAAAUCCGCAGCUGCAACCCCGAGAAGUCCCACGCAAAAUGCACACACUCCAGAAGCCACGCACAAUUAUGAAACCACCUUUGAUCUUGACGGUAAUGUCGAGACAGCAAGCUUAACUAGCAGUCGAGAUGGAAACAGACUAUCUCAAUACGAUAGACAACCGAGGGGUACAGAUCCGAUUUUACCAGCGGUAUUGGAAUUCCUCGAGGAAACUGAAGAAGCAUUUCUUCACGCGGUUAUUACCGAUGUAGAGCCAUCAGCUCCACAAUUCAAAUUAGCUCCGACUUACACUUUGUACCUAGCUGCCAGAUAUCGGGCUAGCACUCACUAUAGACCGGAAUUACAACCCACCGAAAGAGCUCAUAGAUUAACAGUCAUGCUGGCUAACGUGGCCACCAUGAUUCAACGUGUCAUACAGGAACGAUAUAUGGACGCUUCGUCUCUAGCCCUGUGGCUUGCGAAUGGUUCAGAACUUCUGCAUAUGCUUAAAAGUGAUAGACACGUCGGAGCGUUUUCUACAAGAGCUCAAGAUAUAUUAGCGGAUGCGGUCCACACGGCUUUCGCAUCGCUCGUUCAAUGCGUAUCGUUAGAACUUGCACCAGCCAUGUCACAGUUCAUGGCUGAUGCCGAUGAACCAGCCAAGGAAGCCGGUGUUCUCCAAAUAUUUUCUAACACAAUGGCACUGUUGAGACGCUGUAGGGUAAACGCAGCUCUGACGAUUCAAUUGUUCAGUCAUUUAUUCCACGCUAUAAAUGCGACGGCCUUCAACGCACUUGUUUCAAAUGGAAAUCUCUGCGUUCGAUGGUUUGGACGUAGAUUAAAAGCGAGAUUGAAUGCGUUGGAGACUUGGGCUGAGAGACAAGGAUUGGAUUUGGCUAGCCAAUGUCAUUUGGCUACGAUAAUGCAGGCGACGCAUCUCUUACAAGCACCAAAAUACAAUGCGGAUGAUUUGGCUAUUUUGAGUUCAACGUGCUUCAAACUCAAUUCGCUGCAAGUCAGAGCUCUGUUACAAAAAUAUCAAUCCGCGGCCGAUGAGCCGAGACUUCCGGCUGAAUUGAUCGAAAAUGUUGUUCGGGUGGCGGAAAGCGUCGCCGACGAACUCGCGCGUGCUGACGGUCGGGAGAUCCGACUUGAAGAAGAAUCUACGUUAGCUCUGGCUCUGUUACUUCCAGAAGACGGAUACAGUUGCGAAGUAAUCAGAGGCGUGCCUCCGGGCUUAGCAGAAUUUUUAGCACCGCUACAAAGAGAUGGUUUGUGCAGAAUGGCGCCACAACCCACCAGUAGCGGAUAUUGGACGAUUUAUAUGAUCGACCACCACAAUAAUCCUCGUAGCCCGAGCGCUAUGAGCAACAGAUCCGGUGGUUACUCGGGACAUCCUGGGCAAACUUCCAGUCAGAGUCAACCUGAGAUUCAAGUAAUAAAAUUACACAAAUCCACAAACGGUAUGGGGCUCAGCAUAGUUGCCGCUAAGGGAUCUGGCCAGGAUAGAUUAGGUAUUUACAUCAAGAGCGUUGUAGCGGGUGGAGCUGCUGAUGCCGAUGGAAGAUUAACUGCGGGAGAUCAACUACUGAAAGUAGAUGGACAGAGCCUGGUUGGCAUCACGCAAGAGAAAGCGGCUGAAUACCUCGUUCGCACGGGGCCGAUUGUAACUCUGGAGGUGGCUAAGCAGGGUGCAAUUUAUCAUGGGUUGGCAACUUUGCUAUCACAGCAAUCUCCUGUCACGACCAGAGCACAUAAGGCCAGACCAAAAUCGGAACAUUUAGAGCCCCCAAGACUACCAGACAAGGCUCCCCAACCCUCUACGUCACACUCGAUGGGCAAUCUUUUAUCGGUACCAAAGCAAUCGGCUUACCAAGAACGCUUGGUAGAUUGGGAAAUGGACUAUAUUCAACCAGGUGCGACCGUAAAUCAAAACCAUGUUGCUAGAAUGCAGUAUUUCGAUCGAUUCCAAUAUCCUAAUCAAUGUUCGCAAUCGCAAAAUGUAGGGCUCCAAAAUGUAGGUUUCUCGUCGCAACAUAAUUAUUGUUUAGUGCCGCAAAGCAGGACAUUGUUACGUCAGAACGUGAAUCAAUCCAAUUUAGGAAUGUGCCCGAUCGACGAAGAGUACAAUCAAUGUUGGGGCAAUAAGAGACAAAUUCCGAAAAUUCAAGAACCGAAUCAAAUGUUCCUUACUAUUCCGAGCCAUAUGGAAAGGUAUCCCGCAUAUCCUAUAAGAAAUAAAGUCCAACCACAAAAUCCUGUUAUUCCUCAAUAUGGUUACUACAAUAAUGACAAGACUGAAUUAAUAUUUCCUACCCAAAAUCAAUCCGAGGAUAGUGUCUGUUCGGCAGAUGUCGAAAAAACGUGUCCUAAACAUGAUAAAAUCAAACAAAGAACCAUUUUCCUAGAUAGCGAGCCUUCGAUUCCUUACAUCGACCAAUCUGACGAAGGCUUAGAAUUGUCAGGUCAGUCACAAGAAAGCAUAUUUUCUGAAAAUCAAUUAGACGAUAUUAUUAGUGAUUAUAAUCGCCAUCAUACUUCGUGCGAAUUGACCACUCGUCGCAACGUAGACGUCAAUUUAUCAGAUGAUCGGUGUAAACCAAAGACUUGUCCCAAGUCACUUUCACACAUCGAUAAUUGCCCUCUCAAGACGAAUCAAAAAUUAGGCGAUAAGCAAUCGACGAAAUCCAUCGAAACGAUAGACCAAGUUCACUUCGACUCUGAAGAGAAACAACAUUCGCUCUCUGAGAAUAUUGAUUCGUCAGCGGACCAAUGCAUUUCUUGUGACAAGUUACGCGCAACAAAACGAUCGACUUCAAUACCGAAAAUCGAUGCCGAAAUAAUCACAGCUCCGGUUGAAAUUAAGCACGUUCCCACCGCCGAAGACAGUAAAAUCGAAAUUCAAAAUGUCAACCCGAACGAGCUGAACAAUAGUAGCUCGGGUUCGGAAACAACGGAGACCGGUGAAAGCAUUGAGACGAAGGAAGAAACUGUGAUUUCCACACCAAAAAUGCACACCAUAAUGCCGGAACUCAAUUUGGAUCUGAGCGGACUCAACAGUGACGUUUCCAGCGAAGAUUCUAAUACAAGUAAGUGCUGGAAAUCUCCCGAAGAAGUGCGAUUGGGCUGCGGACGAGUGGCAGCGCUGGCUAAGCAUUUCUCUAAGCUCGGUGACGCUGGUAUAAUUAAAUUCAAAUCGAAGCAAUUGAUUAGCUCAAGGCAAUUCGCAUCCGAGCCUGAUAUCGCCUCACCAAGAAGUCCGGAAAUAACAGUGAGAAGAAAUUCCAACUUCAAACAAUUUAAAUCCGAAGCAGACUUGCUUCUGCAAGACAAAUUUCUCGGGACUAAGCGCGAGAAAGAAUGGAGCAUGAUUUUACUUGAUAUUCAAGGAACGGAUGAUCUGGAUGAUAACCCCGAGAAGAUCGAUGAAAAAAUGAUUGUCGAGUCGAACGUGAAGACCGGUGAUUUGAUUGCAGAGGAAGACUCACCGGGUGAAUUGAAAAAAAGUGAUUCGAAAUUGUCACUCGCUGAGCAACAAGAGAUCAUUGAACAGCUCAAGGAGUUUUCGAACUUGGACAAUACCGAUGCUCCGUUGUUCAUACCGGAAUCCAUAAAAGUACAUAAAAUAGAAAUCGAACUCGAGUAUAAAAAUAACGGUGAUUCUGAAAAAAGUACAAUCACCGAAUCAAAUACCGGCAGCACUUAUAACAGCAACGAAAAUGUCAUAAAUUGUCCCAAUUUUCGAAUGAUCAGUUCAUCGCAGACGCAUUAUUCGGGGAAACAUACGAUUCCCGCGGUUCUAAGCAGACUGAACAUUUCUCCAGGAUUAGAAUUGUCGAAAAAAAUGAACAAACUUGAUAAAUACUGGUCUUUGAAAGACCUCGUGUCCCCAUCAAAUUUGGAACCACACUCAACGGAGUGCAUGAGUAGCUCUCCGAAAUAUUUCAUAUUCCCAAGCUGUUCGAGAGUCGUAUCAGCCCCGGAAAUAUUCAAUGAGAAUCUGACGUUUUUUCGCGUCCAGCCAUCGUUGUCCAAGUCCGAAAGUGAAAUAAUUACAAACGAAAGCAGUUUGUCCGUCAGUGACGAAAAUUUGCGCUCCAAACAAUCCACUAAUUUGAGAAGCCACUCUCGUAAAGCCAAGAGUUUGGAUGACAUAUUCGAACGAAACGUAAAUAAUGCAAAUUUGAAAAGUGAAGGAAAAUCUGAACCCUACAUGCACACUUACGGAUCUUGCGAACGACCAACGAAAUUUCCCGAAUCAUUUAUUCGGAUGAGGAAGAAAUCAAAAAGCUACGACGAAAUAUCUGUGCACUCGGAUACUUCGACUGCGUCUGGAUCGUCUUUGAAAAAGCAAUCGGCAAUUUCUAAAAGCUGCGGGAAUAUUUCGGGUGGCAUUUCCAUUCGAGAGAUAAAAGAUGAAGACCAUCAACAAAAUUUUCACAGGUCAUCCCGAACAUCAAAAACUACAAGGGAAUUAAAUUUGAAAACGACGCAAUCAAGAAGCUGCGACGUUCCGCUUUCGACAGCUUCUAACGCAGUAAUAAGUCACAAUUGCACCAAAUUACAUAAGCCGAUUAGAAAAAGAAUAAUUGUUCGGAAAAAAUGCAAAAGCGAUUUGGAUAUUUCGGAACAGAAACCGACACCUAGAUUUGUAAGAGGGGAUUGGAUAUUUCGAGAAUUUCCACCGCUGGAAAGCGAUUUGGAAACGCGGCCCCGUCGCAUGAGCGAACGUGAUCUACCAUCACGACUUGGACAUGACGCGACCCCCCAACAAAUUCAUAGCAGCAAGUCUGUCCCAGCCCUGCAUAAUGUAGGAACAGAGGGAAAACAGCAACAUGAAGUUUUUAACCCAGGAUAUAGUCGGGCGUCUUCUAGCAAUAGUGUGACACCCCCAGUUCAGCCACCACCGAUGCCAGCAAUGAACGGAGCGACUACUCUACGUUCUCGAUCGAGUCAUAGCUUACAUGACCCAAUGCGUGCAGGGACGUUGCCACCUACAGGUUUAGUCAGCCGGCAACAAUCAUCUCCUAAUCUGAAUCCGAGUCAAGCACAUAAUAUUACUCAAAAUAUACCGCAAACUAAUGAAGCAGAAAGAUUUUAUCAAAAUUUGAGUGUAUACAGAAAUCAAGAUCCUGGAAUGAAACAACAACCUAGUUCACCACAACCAUUGGACGAUCGAAGUCCGUUGCAUACGCAAAAAAGUUUAAGGGGUUCCCAAAAUUCUCUGAACCGGCCUACGACCGAUCAGAUUCAGGGUAGGGAUCGUCCGAUAUCAGCGUAUAUUCCGCAAGGUCAACAACAAAAUUAUCCUGGCAAUCAACUGCAGCAACAAGGGGGACCUCCUCCCAGAUCUCAAUCUUCGCGGGAUAUAAUUCGACAGGAAGCUAAGCUGCAGGAAAUGCAGGAAGAAGUCAGAAGACGUGAACUACGUGGUGCCGGACCGAUACCCACUCAGUACCGUCAAAAUGCCUAUAACGUACGACCAUUGACCGCAGCUCAAGCAGCCAACUCUACAAGACCGUCAAGACCGAUUGGGUCUACUCCUAAUUUGGGCCCUACUUCUCCAACAUACAACACUCGACAGAGUGGGCAGAAUUUCAGCUAUCCAGACGGGCAAUACGGACAGUAUGGACAAUUCAAUAAGCAGCAACAACCACCUUAUGCAGGGCAAUAUUCUACAGCCCCGAAAGCAAAGAAUGAUGCGAUUCGUGGAAGUAAUGGGAUAGUGUUGGAUCCCAGACAGUUCGUGCCUCAAGAUCAGAAUCGUCAAGUUCUCGACCCUAAUAGACAAUUUGUGGAACAGAAUCGACAGUUUCCAAGUUCUCAAAACAGUCCGCAGUAUUCCAAUGGAUCCUCCGACCCGAGAAACGGCCAAUAUUCCAGUGAACAAGUUACCAAUAGGAUACAAAAUGGAGAUGGAAGCAUUCAAGGGAACGUUGACAACCUUUCGUCAAGACCCCAUUUACCGGAAGAUACCUACAGAGAAAGUCCUCCACCGCCACCACCGAACACUUCGACACAUCCUUUGUACAGUAAACAGCCUGAUUCUAGGUACGCCGCGAGUAUGGGUGAACCCCCAAGAGGUAGUUAUUAUCCUGCAACCGGACCAACACAACAACCUAGACAAUAUCAGUACAGUGCAACAAAUCCUUGGCAACGUGAAGAAAGAGAGAAAGAACAAGCGAGGAGAAGAGAAGCAGCGAGACAGUGGCGAGAUCAUCAAAUCGCCGAACUGAGUGCAUUGCCGAACAGAACACCACAGCAGGAGGAACAAUUGAGAGCCUUACAGUUGGAAAGAGAUUUUCAGAGGAGGGCCGAGGAAGCUGCGAACCAACAGGAUGACGACGAGGAGAGUAACGAUCUUGAACAAGAGAGCGCUCAACGUGUCCAGGGACUUCUUCGAAUGGCCGCCGCUCAAGAUAGAUCCAAUCAAGCUAAUCAGCAGUCCAAUUUAUCGAGGGCUAAUCCGAACAAUCAAUCGAUACGGGGAACCCUGUCGCCUCAGCCAGUCAGUAGUCAAUUGCAAUCUACUAAUAUCCCUACCCACACGGCUACCAGCCAACAGGGACCACCUGGUAGCGGAAACACAUAUCCUGGACAGAACGAAGGAUCUACAGCACAUUCACAGCAAAACCAAAGUCAGCACAGUCCGAUGAGCCAAGGACCAAUUCUACCGACGUACGGGUCGACGAUAGGACAACUGGGUGGUGGUCAAAAAUCGGGAAGAAUAAGUCCUACUCAGUCUACCGAAGAGCGGGACAGGCAACGUCGAAUAGAUGAAAUAAAAAGGAAACAAGCGGAGUUUGAUGAAAAUCACAGAAAGAGAGAGGAGGAUAUUCGGCAACAACAACAACAAAUGCAUCAGCAGAUGCAAUUGCAGCAUCAACUUUAUCAACAACAACAACAACAGCAACAACAACACCAAUCCAAUCUCAGAAGCCAACAUCAAUUACAUCCUGGCAUGUUGAGAUUGGAUAAUUUGGUCAUCAACGGACCCAGUUCUCCACCAUCGUCACAAAAUGGCGGCAACGAUGCACCUCCACCACCUGAGCGUGGUUCUAGUUACGCCGUGAUGUCUCAGCAAAGCGCAUUGAGAUCAAAUACUUCGACAACGUCUAGCGUCGCCGUGAGCAAUGCACAUCAAACAACCGCAGUGAAAAGAGUUUCUUUCCAUGAUCCAAAUGCCAAUACAGAGCUUACGCCCAGAAUCACCAACACUACGACGACCUCGUCAUCCCUCACCAUGAACACCAUUAGGGAGGAUCCUAAUAACUUCAUAAAUGAUGCAGAGAAUAUGUUAGCGUCUCCGAAAACCCCGGAAGGACCUGGCACAUUCCCUGGGGCAACUCCUGGAGUUAUUGGAGCUCAGGAGGUUUAUAAGGAUCCAAGACAAAGACGCUUAGCGGAGAAACAGAAACAACAACAAAACUCUCAACUAGGUGCUGUACCGGAAAAGUUGAGUUUCAAAGAAAAAAUGAAAAUGUUCGCAAUGGAGACGGGUGAGGAUGGAACACCGAGAGAUAAAGUAAAAAUUUCAAGAGCGCAACGAGAAAUAGAUAACAUUGGAAAUGCUCUGAGUCCUGUUAAUAACAAUAGAAGUUAGAUGGAUGAAAAGAAAGAAUAUUUAACUUUGUUUAUUAAUGUUUGGACGCAACUCAAAAUGGAUAAAAGAACUGUAUUACUCAGGAGCUCUGAAGAGAAACUAUACAUAUAUGUACGUGAAAAACGAUACGUUAACACAUAUGUAUGAAAAAAGUAUUACAGGUUAUCGUUGAUUGCUUGAUAACACUAAAAACCACAUUAACUUUAAUCCACCUAAUUCCUAUAACUAGAUCAAUCACUUGUACAACAUACUAAAGAUAUUCUGGUUUUUCGAAAAUAUAUUGAAGUUGUUUUAUUGCGUUACUUACGAGCCUGCGUCGAUCAAGUUCUUCUCAACGUGCGGUUCUAGUAUUCAGACUCGGACGUCAUAACCAAUGACGUUAUAAAGAACACUAGAGCGGAAGUUUGUGUAUAAAAUGAGAACUCGAUGGAAAUGGACUGUUGGUAUACUGAUUUUUUCUUUCAAUUCUUCAAUCUCCUUAUAGUGUCCAGAAGCAGUAUUGACGAGUUUGAAUAAUCCAUACACAACGAGAUUAAAAUUUAACUUUUAGCUUGUAUGAUGGAAGCUGCAGAUGGUUCGCCGAUAGUCUCUGCAACUUGAUCAUGAUAUAAUAAUAACAAUUAUGUACAGGACAAAACUGAAGGUAGCUUUUGUUGUUGUUGAUGUUUAUGUUUAUUAAAGAAUAUAAAUAUUUUUACUUUAGAGAAUAAAAUAUUCGUAACGUAGCAGCUUCAAAGCUGUCGUAUAAUAAAUUACACCUAUCGGCGUGUAGAGAUUUCGUAGUUAUGUUGGUUGAGAUUAUGCCGUGAAUAAACGACGGAGAUUGCUGUUUGUAUGAUAUAUUUCGGACGUGUUUAGUUUUUCAUUUUUGUUUUUUACUUUAACUACGUAUAGAAAGAAACGAAAUUAUAAUUUUAUUUUGAUACGAUAAAUUGAGAAUAUAGUAUAGGGUAUUACAGUAUUAUAAUAAUGUAAGCAGGAACACCAAUAUACUUUUGGAAAAAUAAGCACACACUAUACAAAACCAGAAAAGAAGAAACAUUUUUUGAAAUGUAUCGUGCAAACCAACAUGAUGGAACAAUAAUCAAAUUAUUUAAGAUACAAAUAUACAUGUAGUGAUAAUAAAGAACAAAAAAAAAAAAAAA